CGAGAGCUCUCCAGCAAUCAUGGAAGAGGAAGUCCACGAGGUCCACGAUGGAACCUUCUCUUUCCUUAACAAAAUGGCUGCCUCUUAGCACUAUGCAAUCUCCUCAUCCUGAUCAUAGUUAUAGAUGAAAAUGGCGGAAGAGCCUCUCCUGGAGACUGCUGCUGCGAGUAAGAAAGGAGGACUCAGGACUUUGCCCUUCAUCAUCGGUACGUAAACCGAACGAAGGAUUGGAGAAGAUGGCAACGUACGGCCUGAUGCCGAACAUGAUCCUGUACAUGAUGAAACAGUAUCAUUUGGAAAUGACCACUGCGUCCACCGCCUUGUAUAUCUGGUCUGCCGCCACAACUUCCAUGCCUCUGAUUGCAGCAUUCAUUGCCGACUCUUUCCUAGGUCGGUUUUACACCAUUGGAAUUGGAUCCAUCGUCUGCCUCUCGGGAAUGAUUCUUCUGUGGUUAACCGCCAUUAUUCCACAAGCACAGCCUCCGCUGUGUGAUAAAUUCUCUAGUCAAAAUUGCAGCUCAGCAACAGUUCCUCAGUUGUUGUUCCUGUGCGCAUCUCUUGGCCUCAUAUCAAUUGGAGCUGGGGGAAUCAGGUCUUCAUCCUUAGCCUUUGGAGUUAAUCAGCUGGAGAAUGGAUAUUUCCGUGCUACUCCUGGUGUUAAGGAGAGUUACUUCAGCUGGUACUACGCUUCGUAUACCUUCUCUGUCCUCAUUGCUCUAACUUGCAUAGUUUACAUUCAAGAUAACAUAGGAUGGGGAGUCGGCUUUGCAGUGCCAGCCAUGUUGAUGUCUUUUAGUGUUCUGUUCUUCUACUUAGCAUCCCCCUGGUAUGUUAAACUCAAGAGUAGAACAAACUUGAUUGCCGGUUUCUUGCAAGUGGCCGUAGCUGCUUACCGGAAGAGACAUCUUGAGUCAUCCCACUGCACAGCUACUGUCUACCAUUACAAGAGUGGUUCAUCUCUUGUUUUACCUAACACUAAGUUAAGGUUUCUAAACAAGGCAUGCAUUGUUACCGAACCCUGGAAAGAAUUGAGCUCAGAUGGCCAAGCUAUGGACCCUUGGAGUCUAUGCACAGUGGAACAAGUGGAGGAGCUCAAAGCAUUGAUAAAAGUAAUCCCAAUAUGGUCUACAGGGAUGAUUAUGUCUAUAAACAACUGCCAGCAAUCCUUUCUAGUGCUCCAAGCAGCUUCAAUGGACAGAAGAAUUACCUCAGGUUUCACCAUACCAGCAGCCUCAUUUGGGACAUUCACAGUUAUAUCUGCAAUAGCAUGGAUUACGCUUUAUGACCGUGCAUUUCGUCCACUGGCUUCUAGAAUCAUGGGGAGACCUGUUUAUAUCAGUCCUAAAACAAGAAUGGGAUUAGGGAUAUUUCUCUCAAUCUUAGCUACAUUGGUGACAGCCCUAGUGGAGAGUAUCCGUCGAGCCCUUGCUGUUGAACAAGGGCUCACGGUGCCAAUGUCAGCAAUGUGGUUGGUGCCUCAGAAUUGCCUGACCGGCUUCGCCGAGGCUGCAAAUGCUAUUGCACAGAAUGAGUUCUAUCUCUCAGAAUUCCCCACAAGUAUGUCUAGCAUAGCUUCCACUCUAACCGGGACUGGCAUGUCCGUGGCGAAUUUGGUAGCUAGUUUACUAUUAAACAGUGUAGAUUCUAUCUCAAAAGCAAGGGGGCAUGAAAGCUGGAUAUCAACCAAUAUCAACAAGGGUCACUAUGAUUACUAUUACUUGAUUCUUGGAGGACUAAGUGUGGCUAACAUGAUGUACUUCAUAAUAUGUAGCAGGCAUUAUGGCCCCUUAAAAGAAGAAACAAAAAGAAUGGAGAAAGAAGGCCUUUAG